CAUAUCAAAAAUUCACUUGCUCCACAGAAAGGAGAGAAGCAGGAGGUGAAGCUGCUGCAGACAGGAGCACCUCCACCUUCAUCAAAUAUUCAAACAGGAGCUUCAGGAUUAUAGUAGCAGGGGGUCUCCUCUCCAACAAUGGGCAACCCUCUGAUCUCAGGUCCCAUGGUAAUUAUCUGAAAUAUAACAUCAGACAAAGGAGAAGGUAUGCGCCACCAGCAGAGGAGAAGGAGGAGGGAGUGAGCGAGCCGCUGCCGCCGCGCCACGCGAGGAAAGAUGCAGGCGGAGGACAUGGAGGUCCCUUUCAUUAACAACCUGAACGACAACGGCGACAGACUGAGGCCGAGGGGGAAAGAUGCGUUCAAGGAUCAGCAGAAGGAGUCGGAGAGCUCCAUGGACUCUCCCAACCUGGAGUUUGAGUAUGGAGACACUGACACUCUCACCGCUGAGCUUUCAGAGCUCUACAGUUACACAGAGGAGCCGGAGUUUGCCCUCAACAGAGACUACUUUGAAGAGGACUUCAGGAGUCAUGCUCGAGGCAGGAGGUGGAUCGAGUUGUCGCUGGAGGAACAGAGGGCGUAUGUGAUGAGGCUGCUGGAUGCAUUGGAGGUGACGGACCGAGACAGAAGGCUAAAGGUGGCCAGGGCCAUUCUGUACCUGGCUCAAGGAGUAUUUGACGAGUGUGACACGGAGGUGGAUGUGCUCCACUGGUCCAGACACAACGUCUUUCUUCUCUACGACAUGGGCAUCUUCACGGCGCUGCUGGAGCUGCUCAGCAUGGAGAUCGACAACAGCCAGGCGUGCAGCAGUGCAGUGAGGAAACCUGCCAUUUCUCUUGCAGACAGCACAGAGCUCAGAGUGUUACUAAGCAUCAUGUACCUCAUGGUGGAGACUAUUCGAGUUCAAACAGAGGAUGACCGGCCUGAGUGGACAGCAGCCAGAGAGGCCUUCAAGAACGAGUUAGGUUCACCUCUGUACAACGGCGAGCCCUUUGCUUUGCUCCUCUUCACCAUGGUCACCAAGUUCUGCAGCAUGAACGCGCCACACUUCCCCAUGAAGAAAGUGCUGCUGUUGCUCUGGAAGACUAUACUGUUCACCUUGGGGGGAUUUGAGGAGCUCCAGGAGAUGAAGGUUCGGGGCCGUGAGCGUCUAAAUCUGCCUCCGCUGCCAGAGAACAGCAUCAAGGUGGUCAGAGCCAUGAGAGCAGCGUCACCUCCGGCCUCGGCCAUGGAGCUCAUUGAGCAGCAGCAGCAGCAGAAGAGGGGCCGCCGCAGCCGCAGGAGUGCCUUUGUUGAUAGCUUGGAAGGAGACAGUCCCUUUCCCAAGAAGCAGCCGCUGGUCAAACAGGACAGCCUGGACACGUACAACGAGCGGGAUCCUUUCAAGAACGACGACGCCCGGGAAGAGGAGGAGGACCCCGAGGACACGGACAGCGGAAUCGAGGGCGAAGUGGACCCUCUGGACCGCGACGUCAUCAUCCAGCCCCCGCCACCUCCGCCUCCUCUGAGACCUCCAACAGAGAGGGUCAACUUCCCUAAGGGUCUCCCCUGGGCCCCUAAAGUCAGGGAGAAAGACAUCGAGCACUUCCUGGAAACCAGUAGAAACAAGUUCAUCGGCUUCACUUUGGGAAAUGACACAGAGACCUUGGUGGGUUUACCCAGACCCAUCCAUGAGAGUGUGAAGACACUGAAACAGCACAAAUAUGUCUCGAUAGCUGAAGUCCAGAUCAAGAAGGAGGAGGAGCUUCAACAGUGUCCACUCACCCUGGGUGAGGAGGAGGUGGAGGAGACUCUGACUGAGAUUAUGUACCUGGGCAUGCUUCCUAACCUUUCCCAGUAUGUGAUUGCCCUUCUGAAGCUGCUGCUGGCCGCAGCUCCCACCUCCAAAGCCAAAACUGACUCUAUCAACAUCCUGGCCGAUGUGCUGCCAGAGGAGAUGCCUAUCACUGUCCUUCAGAGCAUGAAGCUGGGAAUCGACGUGAACCGACACAAGGAAAUCAUCGUCAAGGCCAUUUCUGCUCUGCUGCUGCUGCUCCUCAAGCACCUCAAACUCAACCAUAUCUAUCAGUUUGAGAUCGUCUCCCAGCACCUGGUGUUUGCCAACUGCAUCCCACUCAUUCUCAAGUUCUUCAACCAGAAUAUCAUGUCCUAUAUCAGUGCCAAAAACAGCAUCUGUGUGCUGGACUUUCCCCACUGUGUGGUGCACGAGAUGCCCGAGCUGACGGCUGAGAGCUUGGAAGCAGGAGACAACAACCAAUUCUGCUGGAGGAAUCUGUUCUCGUGUAUCAACCUGCUGAGAAUCCUCAACAAGCUGACCAAGUGGAAACACUCCAGGACCAUGAUGUUGGUGGUGUUCAAGUCUGCCCCCAUCCUGAAGCGAGCUCUGAAGGUGAAGCAGGCCAUGAUGCAGCUUUACGUUCUCAAGCUGCUUAAGAUUCAGACCAAGUACCUGGGUCGUCAGUGGAGGAAGAGCAACAUGAAGACCAUGUCGGCCAUUUACCAAAAAGUCCGCCACAGGCUCAAUGAUGACUGGGCCUAUGGAAACGAUAUUGACGCACGGCCCUGGGACUUCCAGGCAGAGGAGUGUGCCCUGCGUGAGUGCAUCGAGAAGUUCAACAGCCGCCGCUACGACAAGAACAAGAAUGGAGAGUUCGCGCCCGUGGACAACUGCCUGCAGAGCGUGUUGGGCCAGCGCGUGGAGCUGCCCGAGGACUUCCACUACAGCUAUGAGAUGUGGUUGGAGAGGGAGGUGUUCUCACAGCCCAUCCAGUGGGAGGGGCUGCUGCAGAACCCGUGAUGUAGGAGGAGAUGGGGCAGAGAGGGAGGGGGGGUGGACAAGCAGAGGAGAGGUAACACACAUGAGCAUGUCAGAUUGGGGAUUUUAGGGCUUGAUGUUAAUGCAAAAAUGGAGAGAGUGGAAGGGAAGGAGGACGGUGAGAAAAGAGACUGGAUUUGGAGAAGUCUCCUCUCGGGCCAUGCAGUGAAGAGAGGAUACAGAAAAGAUGGGAGUUCAGCACAAUUACAUGCCACACAUGCACAAACAGGUGAUGCUAACAUGUGCCUAUGACAACUGUGAACACACAUGUACGGGACUGGUAAGAACAGAGGUAGCACUUAAUAACAAAACACCUGAUAUCGCUGUAGCAGGAGGCUGUCGUGGCCAUUUAUACCCCCCUCAUGUUACACAACAACAGAACAGUUUGUACUGUGUGUCCUUUAUAAAACGUUGGUGCUGUUUUUUUUGUUAAUUUGUAUGUGUGUGGUUCAAAAUGUUUUUUGUUUUUUUUAAAGAAAAGAUGUACAUUUUUUUAUCAUUUUUGAUCAGUUUAUGCCUUUUUUAAGAUUCUGUCACAGAGCCUACUGGGUCGGAGUUUCUUGGUGAUGGAUUUGAACGUUUUUCUUAUGUAUUUUCUAGAGGAAAAUACAUGGUUUUGGAAGCAAAACCACCACAGGGUCUUUUUUGAUAGUCCCAAAUAUAAACAUUGGAGCUAUUUCCUCCACAAAAAAAAGGCACCAAAAAAAGAAAUAUACCAGCUGUUCGUGUGGUUUGUUUGUAGAUGUGGCGUUUACGCACAGGAAGGAGAAAUGGGGCACAAAAACAAACACAAACUGCUUGAAGAAACUGCAUUUUGCUGAAGCAUGUUGUUAUAUUAUCUGAUCACUUCUAAAACUGAAAACUUUAAAAUAGACUCCUUGUCAUUCCACAAAAAAAUCAGGAUUUUUAAUUUCAAAUCAAAGAGAAUCAAAUGCGUCCUCCAGGUUUCAUUAAUGUCCACGUAGGGCUGAGCAAUUUAGGAGAAAUAUCCAAUUAAAUAUAUUUUUUGACAGCUAUUGCUAUUGCGAUUUGAGUUGCAAUGUCUUUUUCUUUUUUUUCUUUAAUUAAGGUUCUGUUUAAAAUGAGAUCAAAUGAAAAAAACACUACCUUCUUCUUGAAGGAUGAGCUCUUUAUUUGCUGUCAAGAAAGAACAAUCAAAAAUAGAAUAGGUAAAUUGCAGCUUUUGCAAUUUGUUGACUUAAUUAUUUCAAAUUGCAGAUUUAAUUAAUUGAUAAUGAUGAAUUGUUCAGCCCUGUGUUAAAGGAAUAAUUCGCCAAUUCGCAUUGAGCUUUGUAUAACUAGAAUACGGGGUAGUAUUUUUGCAAAAUUGUGCUUCCUAACCUGAGUUUCCCCGGAGUCGAGAAAUAUCUUUUGCCCACCAGGACCAAGUGUCACUGGUGAGCACGUAACAAAGAAAAGAAUGAAGAUAUUUCUCGACUCAGGGGGAACUGAGGUUGGGAAGUAACAAUUUUUCAGAAAUACUACCGCUAUUCUAGUAAUACAAAGCUAAAUGCAAAUUGGUGAAGUAUUCCUUCAACAGUAGAGAGUGUUGGUAGUUUAAUGGUGACUCCCCGCUUCAGUCCACUGAUCAACUUGACAACACAUUGUCAACUGCUCCGCUCGCUUGAAAGAAAUCAUGGUUGUAACGGGGAAAAAUUGUGUUUUUGUUGUUACUUCACUUCCAACGUUGAGAGUGUUUCUACUGAAGAGCACAAACAAGCACAGAGGACAAAAAGCACCAUCAUCUCUUUCUUCGCGUCACUGAUUCUGAUCAUUAUCGACUCACCCACAGGUGUCAGGAGCUUAAUUAUCUUUGUACAGAACAAUAAUUUUGACUCAGUCUUCUUCUUCUUCUUCUUCUCUGUGGGGAUGUGCAUGUCCACCAUUUUGUUUCAAGCGCCUGCUCACACUUUAAUAUACGGAAUGUCCUUUUGUUUAAUGCUGUUUCCAGCUCAAUUACAAGUGUAUGUUGUUGUUUGUUUUUUAUUCUACAAGUCACAGUCUUCUGCAGUUCAAGGGAUUUUUGUUUUUCAGGAAGGUGAAAUGUGUGGAAAUAUUAUAAUAUAUUCUCAGGUUUAUGGAGAUAAUAUAUUGCAACAGUUUUAAAAGCUUCCUUCUCGCCAUCUAGCUCACGCCUCGUGGCGAUGGAUACACGCGUCUAUCGUCACGUUCUUAUAAUAAAACACCUCAAGCACUCAACGUCGACUGCAAAGGCUGCACGCCACUAAACAUAAUAACCCGUGCAUUCAUGUCGGUUGCAUUUCAAGUGCAGAUGUAUUUUUUUGUAUCUUGUGCCAAAUUUCAGUGCCAUUUUCUCGUUUUAUUUAAACGUCGUUGCCUCUUUGGUCCUAUUUAUUUUGUUCAUUUUUAUUUUUAUGAUUUGAAUCGCCACUAAAAGUUUGCAAUACAGAAAUGUUAUUUUCUACCGGGGGAAAAUUGUACAAUCAAUCAAUGUUUCCUUGUGUCUGUUACAGUACUUACAGUACCAGGAGUGUUUAGCAUUGUAUGGGUGUUACUACAGUAUAUAUAUAUAUAUAUAUAUAUAUAUAUGUGUAUAUAUAUAUAUAAGUGUGUGUUUUUGUCAUUGCACACAUUAACAUGUACCUAUUUAGUGUAUAGACAAAAUACUCAGUGCUGACUUUGUUCAGGGGGUUAUGUGCAAUCACAGAUCCACAGAGGCAUUAUGAAAUAGAAUGACAGAUUUCAAUAUCAGAGAUACUUAUUAAACAAUGUUAAAGAAA